AUGCAAUGUUGCGCAAUGGCCGCAUGCCACUGUGGGGUUCCAGCGCGUCAGCACAAAAAAAAAAACAACAGAAGAGUGCAUGAUCCUGUUCCGAGUGACCUGACUGACUGUGCGGGGCAGCAGGACUUAUUCUUCAUCAUCAUCGUUAUCAAUGUGCGUAGCACCAUGACUGAGUUUUGGAAGGAGCACUCCAGGGAGGCCACAGUGCAGGAGAUGAUGCUGGACUCGCGCGCAGUUGAGCUGACACAGCAGGAACUACCCGAGAUCUUGUCUAUGUUGCCCAGUCUAGCUGGAUGUCGAUUGCUGGAACUGGGGGCCGGCAUUGGUCGAUACACCAGCCAUCUGCUGAAACAGGCAGACCACGUGACUGCUGUGGAUUUCAUGGAGAGCUUUGUGGAGAAGAACAGGCAGAUCAACGGGCAUCACAAAAAUGUUACCUUCCUCCAAGCUGAUGUCAUGAAGCUGGAAUUGCCCUCAAACAGUGUUGACUUUAUCUUCUCCAACUGGCUGAUGAUGUACCUCAGUGACGAGGAGCUGAACUUGCUGUUAAAGAAAAUGCUGAUGUGGUUGCAGCCCGGUGGCUUGCUCUUUUUCAGAGAAUCAUGUAACCACAGAUCAGGUGACUGUAAAAGGGAGUUCAACCCAACAUGUUACCGCACUGAAGCCCAGUACAACCAUCUGACCACUUCAGUCCAAGUGGAGGAUGAACAAGGGGCUCAGAAGUUUGGCUUCAACAUUAUACUCAGGAAGAGGGUCAAAACAUAUGUUGAGAUGAAGAACAACCCAAAUCAGAUCUGCUGGUUGUUGGAGAAGGCUGCACGUUCUUCAGACACAAAUGAGGCAUUCAGCACCUUCCAGAUGUUCCUGGACAAUAAGCAGUACACUAGGCGGGGCAUCCUGCGCUAUGAAAAGAUGUUUGGCACGGGCUAUGUCAGUACAGGCGGGCCCAGCACCACCAAGGAAUUUGUAGAUCUGCUCAACUUGCAACCUGGCCAGAAGGUCCUGGAUGUUGGCUGUGGUAUCGGUGGAGGCGAUUUCUACAUGGCAAAGACAUUUGGAGUGGAGGUGCUUGGCUUUGACCUGUCAGAGAAUAUGGUGGACAUUGCUAUUGAGAGAGCACUUACUGAGAGGCUGCCAUCGGUUGAAUUUGAAGUCGCUGAUGCCACUAAGAGGUCGUUUCCGGAGGGUUCGUUUGACGUCAUCUACAGCAGAGACACGAUCCUCCACAUUACAGACAAACUGGCUCUCUUCAAACGUUUCCAUUCAUGGUUAAAGCCUGGUGGCCAGCUGCUUAUCAGUGACUACUGUUGUGGGGAGAAGCCAUGGACCCCCCAAUUUGAGGCUUAUGUCAAACAGCGGGGCUACAUCCUCUACACGCCGUCACAGUAUGGAAAGUUCAUUCAGGAGGCUGGCUUCUGUAACGUUCAGGCAAAUGAUCGGACAGCCCAAUUCAUCCAGGUCAUAAAGGAAGAGCUCCAAAGAGCAGAUCAAAUCAAGAAUGAAUUUAUCAAGGAAUUCUCUGAGGAGGAUUAUAGUGCCAUUGUAAACGGCUGGAGGGACAAAUUGGAGCGUUCUAACAGCGGAGACCAGAAAUGGGGCCUAUUUCAUGCAAGAAAAAACUGAGUGAUUACCUCUAAUUGAAUAAGAACUCCUCGAACAAGUGUGUGGGGCAGGUGGAAAAAUCUGUCCUAUGUCCUUCUGACACAUGAUUAAAUCUGUGUUUUGUUUGACACUAAUGUGUUCCGUGUUGACAUUUGGAAAUUGUAUUUAUUAAUUUGCCUUUUUCUCUUUUGAAGGAAUUGAUCAUUACAAUGAUCUAACCUGUGUUCUGUUUUUACUGUAUAUCGUUGAAGGAAAAUUCAUUGAUGACCUCAUCUUGUAACAAUUCAAUAAACCAAUGACAGUUAUAAUAA